AUGGCGAGUGGUUUUGAGGUGGUGGCCAUGGACUGUGAGAUGGUGGGGCUGGGGCCCGGCCGGGACAGUGGCUUGGCUCGCUGCAGCCUGGUCGACGUCCACGGUACCGUGCUCUUUGACAAGUUCAUCCGGCCUGAGGGCGAGAUCACCGACUACAGGACUGCAGUCAGCGGGGUCACGCCUCAGCACAUGGAGAGGGCCACACCAUUCACGGUGGCCAAGCAGGAGAUCCUGCAGCUCCUAAGAGGCAAGCUGGUGGUGGGCCAUGACCUGAAGCAUGAUUUCAAGGCCCUGAAAGAGGACAUGAGCAGGUACAACAUCUAUGACACGUCCACUGACCUGAUGCUGAGACGCUAUGCCAGGCUGGGCCACUGCAGGCGGGUCUCGCUCCGGGCGCUGUGUGAGCACCUUCUCAAGAGGCCCAUCCAGAACAGUCACUCCGGGCACAGUUCAGUGGAAGAUGCAAGAGCAGCGAUGGAGCUGUACCACAUCUCCCGCCGAAUCCGAGCCCACGACCCGGUGGUGGCUGCUGACCCAGGCUCCGGGAUCGGAAAGUCCCUGUACUCCUGGCAGGCGCUGCGGCUUUCGGAUCUGGUUUUGUGCAGGGAGAACUGUCCUCUAGCGCCCCCUUCCGUCCUCUGCGUCUUCGAGCGCAUCCCCACGCUCGGCUCCCACCGCACCGGCUGGUCCGCGGGCUCCGGGCGGGGGGCCGUGGGCGCGGGGCCGAGAGGCCGUGGGCUCCGGGCUGCGAGCCCAGCUGUCUUCCCGGAGCCCAGAGGUAACGACGCUGGCCGCUUCCUGCCCAGCGCGCUGCGGGCCGGGUCUCCGCCGCUGCCAAGAGGCUUACUCACAGGCGGAACAAUUUCUCCUCUAUAUGGAAAGAACCUGCAGUGCCCCGCCCAGGGGUCUUGCAACAGCAGUCAUCACCCCCACCCCUAUUGGGAGCCAGACCACUUGCUGGUGACCCAGCCAGGAAAAGCUGAUGAGGGCAUGGAGACCUUUAAACAGGGUCUGAGUGGAGCCUGGGCGCCCGCUUCAGGCCCACUCGCCUCCCAGCAGGGCGCUUCGGACAGGAGCCAGCGCACACACAAGGGCCGCAUGGACCGGCAGCCCGCAGCCGGCCGCUAG